AUGGUUCAACUGCAAUCCUUGAUCGAUUCUUGGAAGCCUGGCAAGUCCGUUCAUGGAUACACCGUCGUCGAGUCUCGCCAUAUCAAGGAGCUAGAGCUGGAUGCAAUUAGACUGAAGCACGACAAAACAGGAGCAGAACAUCUUCACAUUGCACGCGAUGAUUCUAACAAUGUGUUUGGCGUCGGAUUUGCUACUCCUCCUGAAAACAGUGCAGGUGUGCCUCAUAUCCUGGAACACACAACCCUCUGCGGAAGUCGGUCAUACCCCGUCAGAGACCCAUUCUUCAAGAUGCUGAACCGCAGCAUGGCCACUUUCAUGAACGCAUACACAGCAAGCGAUUAUACAUUGUAUCCAUUCUCGACCACCAACCCCGUUGACUACAAGAACUUGAGGAAUGUUUACAUGGAUGCAGCGUUCUUUCCUCACCUUCGUGAGCUCGACUUUAAGCAGGAGGGCUGGAGGCUGGAGCACGAAAACCCCAGUGACAAGGAAUCGCCGAUUGUGUUCAAGGGAAUCGUCUACAACGAGAUGAAGGGUCAGAUGGCUGACGCAGGAUACCUCUUCUACUCAAAGAUGCAGCAGUAUAUGUUCCCAGGAACUACCUAUGCCCACAACAGCGGAGGAGACCCCGCCAACAUUACCGACUUGACUCACGCCGAAUUAGUUCACUUCCACAAGACACACUACCACCCCAGCAAUGCCAGGUUCUAUACCUACGGCAACUUCCCCUUGGAGGAGUCAUUGGAGACCAUCAAUUCGAAGCUUCAGGAGUUCUCACCCAUCACCCCUCCCUCAGCGGAGAAAAUAGUCAAGCCCUUUGAGAGCCCUCGCCGUGUCGCCUUGACCUGCCCCAUCGACCCCAUGUCCUCGGCUGACAAGCAGACCAAGAUGUCUGUCUCCUUCUUGACCAACAAGGCCACCGACACAUUCGAAGGAUUCGGGCUGAGGAUCCUCUCAGAUUUGCUGACAGAUGGACAUGCCUCGCCCAUGUACCAGGCAUUAAUCGAGUCCAACUUGGGAUCAGAAUACUCGGCCAACACUGGAUACGACAGCUCGACCAUGGUCAGCUCCCUCGCCAUUGGAGUUCAGGGAAUGAAAACUGAGGAUAUUGCCAAGGUCGAGGAAACCAUCACCAACGUUCUCAAGAAGGUUCAGCAGGAGGGUGUGGAUCCCAAGCGUAUCGAAGCUAUUGUCCAUCAGAUGGAACUUGGACAGAAGCAUAAAACUUCGUUUUUCGGAAUGAGUUUAAUGCAGGGAUUGUCAUCAGGAUGGUUCAACGGCUGCAACCCCGUUGACCUCUUGGAACUCAACAAGAACAUUGAGCGCUUGAAGACAGAGAUUGCGGCAGGACCCUUCUUCCAGAACUUGAUCUCGAAAUACCUGCUCAACAACCCCCACAAACUUGUCUUUACCAUGACCCCCAGCCCCGACUAUGGCGCUGAGGUCGCAGCAAAUGAGACGACACGUCUCAUGGGCAAGACCAGCGUCCUGACUAACGCCGACAAAGAGGCGAUCUAUCAGCAGGGACAGGCACUGUUGAAGAACCAGGAGAAGGUCGAGGAUGUCUCUUGCCUCCCUACAUUGAAGGUGGACGAUAUCUCCAAGAAGGCAAAGACCUUUUCGUUGGAGCAUAGCGCGGUCGGCAGUGUUCCUGUUCAGUGGCGACCUACUUCGACAAAUGGAAUCACGUACUUCCGGGGUAUCAGCGUCAUUCCAGGAUUGACCCCCGAACAGAAGCAGUACCUCCCCCUCUUCACCGACUCGUUGACGUCAUUGGGAACGCAGAAUCGUGCGAUGAGCGAGAUCGACGACGAGAUCCGCUUGUACACCGGCGGGAUCCGCGUUUCACCCUUCCUCUCCACCAGCCACUCAUCGAUCGACAGAACCGAGGAGGGAGUCUCCUUUAGCUCAUACUGCUUGGACCGCAACCAGGACCGCAUGUACGACCUUUUGGGCUCCCUCGUCCGUGAGACUAACUUUGAUAACGUCGACAAGCUCCGCACUCUCAUUCAAGGAAACGCAUCGGCAUUGUCAAACUCUGUCGCUGACUCGGGACAUGUCUUUGCCAGGACUAAUGCUGGCUCACAUUUGACCCCUGCUGGUCAGGCAUCGGAGUUGUAUGGAGGCAUGUCUCAAGUACAGUUCAUGAAUGUGCUUUCGCAAAAGGAGGAUUUGUCCGAGGUCUCGCAGCGGUUGAAGGAGAUUGCCGCCUUGGCGAUCAAGAGAUCGAGUCUAAGACUUGCGCUCACCUGUGGAGACGACCAGAUGUCGAGCAACGAGAAGGUCGUCCAGCAGUUUAUUUCUCGCUUGGAUGUCACACCCGCCGAUGCCAUUGCCCAGACGGCUUUCACGCCUUCGUUCGAGAACUCGUUCUUCGAACUCCCUUACGGCAUUAACUUCACCUCCAAGUGUCUCCGCGGCGUCCCAUACACCCACGAGGAUGGCGCCAAGCUCCAGAUCCUGGCGUCACUGAUGUCAAACCUGUACUUGCACAGAGAGAUCCGCGAAAAGAACGGCGCUUACGGUGGUGGAGCAGGAUAUGCCCCCACCGGCGGUCUCUUCUCUUUCUACUCCUACCGCGACCCCAGCCCUCAAAAGACUCUUUCGACAUACGAAGACUCUGUUCGUUGGGUCCUCGACCGCUCGGAAUUCACAGAACAGGAGUUGGCAGAGGCCAAGUUGUCGAUCUUCCAGCGUAUGGAUGCUCCCGUCAGUGCGGCUGAGGAGGGUAUGGUUGUGUUCACUGAAGGUAUCACCGACGAGAUGCGCCAAACCCGCCGCGAGCAGUUGCUCAAGGUGACGAGCGCAGAUAUCAAGGAUGUGGCUCUCCGCUACUUGUUAGACCAGCAAUCGAGCCACUGUAUCCUUGGAGACAAACAGAAAUAG